AAAACAAAACAAGAAAAAUAGUAAAACUACCUAAUCCAGAACUUCACCCAGAAUUUCAUCGAGCUAUCCAUUAUUCCAUCAAUGGCUGCUCCACUCGCUCUCUCCAACUUCCUCUCCUUCCUCUCGCCUCCAUCCUCCAUCUCGCCGCCGCCUCACGUCUCCUUCUUCCCUUCCACCUCCUCCUCCCCGUCUUCGCUUGUCGCGGCGCCGCGUCGGUUCCCCGGCGGCGAGCUUUCUUCGGCGGCGUCCCCGAGCACUGUCUGCUUCAACUCGUCGUACAAUGUCCAGAUAGUGGUGGAAGAGAACGAGCCGGAGGAGAGGCUCCUGAACAGGUUCAGGAGGGAAGUGAUGAGAGCCGGAGUGAUUCAGGAGUGCAGACGGCGGAGGUACUUCGAGAACAAGCAGGACGAGAAGAAGCGGAGGGUUCGCGACGCUGCCAAGCGGAAUCGCAAGAGGGCGUCCAUUUUCGAGAUUUUCGAACCAGAGCACCGCGCCACCAGGGUCCGAGAACAAGAAAAACGACGAUGACGGGGACAACUGGGAAGUCCCUGCUGGGCCGAUUCCUUACUGAGUGCUUUCUCUCUUUCGUUCACAGAUUCCUCUUCUUUUGUGAUUUGUAGAAUCUUCCUCCCCUUUGCAAUGUAAGAGGCUCCCUUAUUCAAACACAACAAAAGAAAUGCAAGAGGCUCCUUCUGUUUUCAGCUUUCCUUUUCUUACCUCCCAGCCAUUGAAGUUGCCCAAGCAAAGUGGGUUUUAUGGUUUGCUUCCUUUGGCUGACUCUCUCUGUUUAUGUCCCUGUGAAUCCCCAUUUUGGAUGAUACCUUGUGUCUUUCUUGUAUGUAAUGUUGCAUGAAUUAAACAGGUCUAUUCCACCCAGCUGGAUGGAUGUACUAUAGUUCUUUGGUAUUCUUGGGUGAGUUAUGGCUGUAUAGCUUCACCACGACCUGGUGUAUAGAGCCAGAAAUGAUAAUUGCCUAUAUGCACUUCCAUUACUCUCCUCACUUGGUCUCAUUCGGUUGUUGACUGACGCACAAACCUUUAAAAUUGGUGUG